UCCUGGGUGCAAGUUGUUGGGCUCCGCGGGCAGGUGCUCGGGUCCAGGAUGGCUUCGGACUCGGGGGACCGCGGGACCGUCUGCACGCUGGAGUUCGCCGUGCAGAUGACCUGCCAAAGCUGCGUGGACGCCGUGCGCAAGGCCCUGCAAGGGGUGGCAGGUGUCCAGGAUGUGGAGGUGCAGCUAGAAAACCAGAUGGUCUUGGUGCAGACCUCUCUGCCCAGCCAGGAAGUGCAAGCGCUUCUGGAAGCCACAGGGCGGCAGGCAGUCCUCAAGGGCAUGGGCAGCGACCAGUUGCAGAAUCUGGGGGCAGCAGUGGCCAUUCUGGGAGGACCGAGCACGGUGCAGGGGGUGGUGCGCUUCCUGCAGCUGACCCCUGAGCGCUGCCUCAUCGAGGGAACCAUUGAUGGUCUGGCUCCUGGGCCGCACGGACUCCACGUUCAUCAGCUCGGCGACCUUACAAACGACUGUAACAGCUGUGGGGACCACUUUAACCCGGAUGGAACGUCUCACGGGGGCCCCCAGGACGCUGAGCGGCACCGAGGAGACCUGGGCAAUGUCCAUGCUGACGCCGAUGGCCGAGCCGUCUUCAGGAUGGAGGACGAGCAGCUGAAGGUGUGGGACGUGAUUGGCCGCAGCCUGGUCGUUGAUGAAGGAGAAGAUGACCUGGGCCGUGGUGACCAUCCGUUGUCCAAAAUCACGGGGAACUCUGGGGAGAGGUUGGCCUGUGGCAUCAUUGCACGUUCUGCGGGCCUUUUCCAGAACCCCAAGCAGAUAUGCUCCUGCGAUGGCCUCACCAUCUGGGAGGAGCGAGGGCGGCCUAUCGCCGGCAAGGGCCGGAAGGAGCCCGUUUCGCGCCCAGCCCACCUCUGAGCCUGUUCCCUUGCUCCCCGCAGACCACCUCCCACGGAGAACUGAUCAUGGGGUAUAUAGGGGCUGCCAGGAUUUCUGUUUGACAAAUUAAACUUAUUUUCAUAUGGAA